AAGACAAGGGGGCGUGAAAGGAGAGAAAGAGAGAGAAGAGAGAGAGCGCAAGAGAGAGAAGGAGCGCUCGGCUCCCGCUUCCCACACCCUCCGUGUCUUCCUUCCAGGUGGUGGGGAAGGUGGCCCAAUGGGGUCCCCGGCGCGGCGGAGGGACGAGGCGAGGCGCUGAGGCGAGGCAUGGGCAUGGGGCGCGCGGUGGAGGAGGAGGAGAGGAGGAGGAGAGGCUUUUCGGGCGCUGGGAGCCGUGCGCGCCGCCUCCUCUUCCUCCUCUGCGCCAGAAGCAGAAGCAACAGCAGCCGCUUCCUCGUGUCGCCUUCUUCUUCUUCGGGAGGCUGCUGAGGGCGGAGGCUGAGCGCCGCACUCGCUCGCCUUGGGAAGCGGACGCUCUUCUCGGCCUCGAGGCGAGGCGAACCCGCAACCUCCUUCCCGUCGUCGCCCUCCCUCCCUCUCGCCUUUCCCCUCUUUCCUUUCUCCCUCUCGCUUCCUUCCUGAGGGCGGGGAGGAGAGGAGAGCCGAGGCGAGCGCCAUGCGCGAGUACAAAGUGGUGGUGCUGGGCUCGGGCGGCGUGGGCAAGUCCGCGCUCACCGUCCAGUUCGUCACGGGCUCCUUCAUCGAGAAGUACGACCCCACCAUCGAGGACUUCUACCGGAAGGAGAUCGAGGUGGACUCCUCGCCCUCGGUGCUGGAGAUCCUGGACACGGCGGGCACGGAGCAGUUCGCCUCCAUGCGGGACCUCUACAUCAAGAACGGGCAGGGCUUCAUCCUGGUCUACAGCCUGGUCAACCAGCAGAGCUUCCAGGACAUCAAGCCCAUGCGGGACCAGAUCAUCCGGGUCAAGCGGUACGAGAAGGUGCCCAUGAUCCUGGUGGGCAACAAGGUGGACCUGGAGGGCGAGCGGGAGGUCUCCUUCGGCGAAGGCAAAGCCCUGGCCGAGGAGUGGAGCUGCCCCUUCAUGGAGACCUCGGCCAAAAACAAAGCCUCGGUGGACGAACUCUUUGCCGAGAUCGUCCGGCAGAUGAACUACGCCUCCCAGCCCAACGGGGACGAUCAGUGCUGCUCUUCUUGUGUCAUCCUUUGAGAGGAAGAGCCAGGAGGAGAGAGACACUGGGUCCGUGUAUUGCAGCCAUGGGCCAACUUGGGCCCUCCAGGUGUUUUGGACUUCAACUCCCACCAUUCCUCCAGGUGUUUUGGACUUCAACUCCCACCAUUCCUAACAGCCUCAGGCCCCUUCCUUUUCACCCUCAGCCGCUUAAGCGGCUGAGGGGGAAAAGGAAAGGGCCUGAGGCUGUUAGGAAUGGUGGGAGUUGAAGUCCAAAACACCUGGAGGGCCCAAGUUGGCCCAUGCCUGAUAUAUUGUGUUAUUCCCCCUAUUUGCCAUUUUUUAUUAAAAGGUUUACAAUAGCAGCAGCAACACCACAGCACAGAAAAAGGCAGUGACAAAAGUGAUCUUGUCAUCCCAGGGAAACAAUUUCGCGUUACACCCGGAUUCUUUGCCAGUGUUGCUGCCUUGAGUGGUGAUGCUCAUCAGUGUCUUCUGUCUUCUUGACAUCAGACUGGGGAGAAAGAAGAAAAAAAACAACCCACACACCUCCCCUUCAAAAAAAGUGUUGUUGGAAAUGUGGUGUUUUCCACACGUACGUGCCAUGCCAUCAGUUUGAUUGUUGCUUCUUUCAUGUACCUCUUGGCCUGAGGACUGUAUUGGCAACUGAAGUCCACUGUCCAGUAGGAAAGUUCAAGUUCUCCUUUGGGGGAGAGUAAAGAAUGAGCAAUUGCUUUAGAACUGGAAGAUUUUUUUUAAGAAAUAAACAAACCCUGGGGAAAUAAAAAUGAAGGGAAUCUGCAAAAAGAAGAAUGUUUGUACUCGCGGAGGUACUUCAGAGCCUCCCAUUAGAAUUUUAGGCCCGUGACUAGCAAACUUUUGUUUCUGAGGAUUUCUAUGCAAAGUUGGAAUAUCAGCUCACGUGCUUCUCCCACCCGAAGAAGUCUUUUGCGUGUACUACUUACCUGGGACUUUUUAAUAACACUGAUGCCAAUACAGUGUGCGAGGUGCCAGAAAAAGUGUGUGCUAAAUUUCUUGUGAAAUCUUCUAUUUUGUUUACCUGCUGUACUGAAAGGGAGGGAACGGAGAGCAUUUAUUUGUGUGUUGCGUGUGUGUUUUUUUAAACAAAUCAGCUGUGAAAACAUUACAGAUCUGCACAAUUUUUAA